AGCGCCACAUUUUUUAUGUGAGCGCGCAUUGACAUGUGCUUUUUUUUGGCAUUCUUGAUUUCUAUUUUUUGCUUUUCCAAAAUUUUUUUUUAAAUCUUUUCCUUGUAUCCAUUUUUGAUCAUCAUCACCAAUCAUCUUGACGAUCCAAAAAAAAGAUGACUGAAGACAGUAAUGAAGAAAUUAAUCCAAAAGCCUAUCCAUUGGCCGAUUCAGCAUUGACAGCUAAAAUAUUCAAUCUACUUCAACAGGCUAAUAAUUAUAAACAAUUAAAAAAAGGUGCCAAUGAAGUGACAAAAACAUUGAAUCGAAAUCUUGCCGAAUUGGUUGUUAUGUCAGCGGAUACAACACCGAUUGAAAUCCUGUUGCAUUUACCAUUACUUUGUGAGGAUAAAAAUGUACCAUAUGUAUUUGUUCGAUCAAAGAAUGCACUUGGACGUGCAUGUGGUGUAUCAAGGAAAAUUAUUGCCUGUUCAAUUAUAUCGAAUGAAGGUUCAAUGCUAAAAUCACAAAUUGAAAGUUUACGAAAUGAAAUUGAAAAACUUUUGGUUUAAUUUAAAAAAAACAUGAUCACAUAUUUCAUCAUUAUUCAUGUCACAUUUUUGAAAUUCUUUAAAAGAUCUUAAAUCAAAAUGAAAUAAAUAUCAUUGAAUUGCAAAGAAUAAA